UUUCUCCAUUUAAAUAUUGUAUAUGAUGAUUAUUUAAUAUUUAUAUUCAUUAAGCAAAUAUAAUUCGACAAGUACAAUGGCUAAAUGGAGGCCUACAAAAUUGCAAAUGAAGCCCUUAAUUGAGCUUGUAUCUAAUGAUCAACAACUCAUCGCUGGCAAGUUAUCUUCAAAUUGUACUUACAAAAUCAUGAAAGAAAGAUGGAAACAAAUUGAUGAUGAAUUAAAUGCGUUACCCGGUGCAGAAAAAAGUUCUGAUAAAUGGAAAAAGUUUGAAACCGAUGACGCCACAGGAAUCGCUUUCGCAUUACUACCGCUGAUUACCUAUAAUACAUAUGUAUAUAUAUAUAUCUGUUAACCAUCAUAUUGUAUGACAUUGGGUGGACGAGUAUAUUUGCAUAUUUUAAACAAGUAGGUAUUUGCAUAAAGAACUACAGUACAUUCCGCUAGCGAAUCAUCUUAAUAUAUUUGUGAAAGUCGUAUUUAUAUGAGAGGUAUAUACAUUAUUUUUAUUUAUUGUCCAAUAUAUAAGACAUUUAUAUCAUUAAAUAUUGUUGACUGUUGGGGAAGAAUUUGGACUGGGCCCACAAUAAAAUCACUAUAUUUUGCAUUACAUGUAAGUUUUAAAAAUAUAUAUUAAUAAUGUGUAUUUAAAAAUGUAUAUAAUAAAUAUUAUUUAAAUAAUAUGCUGAUAUAAUAUCAUAAUAUAGUACGAAUAUUAUUCCGAAUAAAAUGUUUAACUUUUCCUCUAAGCUAUUAAAAACAUCGAUAUUUUAUAUUUCUGUUGUAUAAAAUAUGUUAGGUAUUAAAAAAUAUUUUCGUGACAAAAAAAUACAGCGGCCACGAUAAAUGUUUUCAGUGGGUGGUGGAGGGUGUGGUAUACGGUAUACCUAUACAGUCGAGUAUUAAUGGCUUGUUUUAAAUAUUUGGCUUGAAGAUAAUAAUAGUUUGUUUGGUUAUAAUAGGUUUAAUAUGAAUACAUACCAUUGCUUAUUAGUUUUUAAUAAUUAUCUGUUUACUUAUACAAAACAAAAUCUACCCAUAGUGAGUUGCAGUUAAUAGUUUGACAAAUUAUUUUUCAAAGAAAUGUUUGUACCUACCUACAUUGUUAC